AUGACUACGGACGUUCGUUCGCCUAGGUCGCUCAGCAUGGCUUCGUCGAUCGGCACGAGCGUGGUUGCUCAGCCGCGCGUGCUGAGCAGGUCGGUCCUGGUGACCGUCGUGACGAUCGCGCUCAGUGGAGCUACGUACGGCCUGGAGAACUCGCUGAUGAGCCCGCUCGCCGCCAUGCCCGAAUUCGUCAAAAAGUACCAAGGACUCAACCGCGACACGCGCGACUACACCUUCACCGCGAGUCAUCAGUCGAUGAUCUUCUCCAUCCCGUUGAUCGGGACCAUCUUUGGAGCGCUGCUGUCGCCGUACGUGCAGAAUCGACUCGGACGCAAGUGGUCGCUGUGUGCGGCGUACAUGUUCAGCAUCCCGUCUACGCAGCUGCAGCUGUGGUCGCCGAAUCUGGCCGCCUUCAUCCUGGGCCGCGUGAUGAACGGGCUGGCGUACGGCUGCGCACUGUCGAUCGGACCGCUGUAUCUGUCCGACGUGGUACCCACGAGCAUUCGCGGUGGUGCGGUGGCGAGCUCGAAUCUGCUCACCAUUCUGGCCAACCUGUUGGCAGCUAUUUGCUGCUGGGCAUCGGACAAAAACUACAACGAUACGCGCUCGUUCAAGGUUCCGCUGGCGGUGCAGGCGGCGUUGCCGUUCCUGCUGCUCGUGCCGACGCCAUUUCUGCCCGAAUCGCCCGUGUGGUGCGUACAAAAGGGCCGGAUCGGUGAAGCGCGUGCUGCCCUCAAGCGUGUGCGGCCCGUAUCGGACGCCGAGAUCGAACAGGAGCUGCAGGACAUCGUACGUGCCGAGCAGGAGCGCAAGAAUCUGGUCAAGAACACCAAGUUCACCGACAUCUUUAGCCGCAAGCACCUGCUGCGCACCAUGGUCGCCGGCUCGUUCUUCUCGCUCAACCAAGUGAGCGGCAUCAUUCUGAGCACGACCUACGCCACCGUCUUCCUCACGCAAUUGGGGCUGGGCGACCCGUUCGUGCUGACGGUGUACGCGUACGUGUGCCAGGUGGUGGGAGCGGCGAUCGCCAUUGUGGCGCUCGAAAAGGUCGGACGCCGCUCGCUGGCUCUUCCGGGCUUUGUGGUGUUGACGGUGAUCGACUUUAGCGCGGGCGGGCUUGCAUUCUACUCGGGCAAUGCGAAUGCGGCCAAGGCGAUCUCGGCGCUGGCGAUGGUGUUCAACUUCUUUUGGACGCUCUGCUUCUACUCGAUCUCGCUGCUGAUGCCGUCGGAGCUGCCGACGCAGAGGCUGCGCAACUACACCAUGUCGUAUGCGAUCGGAUGGGGCCAGGCGACGGCGGUGGUGACGACGCUGGCUCUGCCGCAGAUCACAGCGAGCGAUGCAGGCAACCUGGCCGCCAAGGCGUACCUCAUCUUUGGCGGAUGCAUGCUGGUCAUCACCAUCCUGGCAUUCUUCCUGCUUCCCGAGACGCGCGGCCGCACGUUUGUGGAGAUCGACCAGCUGUACAGCAACCGCAUCCCGGCAUGGCGAUGGUCGCAGUACGAGUUCAGCCGUGCGCCACGCGCGCUCACAUCCGAAGAGGCAUCGCACCUCGACGGCGAUACGCAGGCGGUGGGCCUGAUCAGCGUCGACAAGAAAGCCAGCUACCCGCUCACCAGCUCCCGAUCCGCGUAA